CGCGACACAAGCUAGCGGCGGUCUGGACGAAACUCGUCGCAACACACCAACAGAGGGAUGUCAGAGUCUGCAGGCCGCCCUUCCUCCGUCUCCUCCGUCUCCUCCAUCUCUCUGGUGGAGAUCAAGGCUGAGACUCAUUUAGUGAUCAAAGCCUUCCUCCAUCGAGCCCUCACCAUCCCCCCACAGGAGAGACCCGGUACAGUGGGAGGGGCCUACAAAGAGCACAGCAAGUACAGCUUCGAGCCGCAGGACGGCCGGGACUCUAAAUCCACAGACGUACAUUCAGCAGACGAGAAGAAGAUCGGCUUCAAGGACCUGAUCAGGCCCCUUCAGAACAGCCUGCGACGCUCCGCCCAGGACCCCAAAGGCUCAUUGGACAGAGACAGCAAGACGAGAGUCUCAAACCUCAGAGACCAAACAGAAGAUGGCGUCUCACUCGGCUCCUCGACAUCGGAUGACGAUGACGCCGAUAAGAAGCACCACAAACAGACGAAGCAGAAGAAGUUGAGGAAAAAGCUCUCCAGGUUUUUCAGGGGCAAGUUGGAGAAACAGGAGAAAGAGGAACGCGACGCUCCUCAGAGGCCCGUCACGUUGGCCAUCCGCAAAGACGUGGAGCCCACGCCGGCCCUCACCUCUCCCAACCACCCGCCGGAGUUCUACGAUGAAGUAGCAGAGAAGCUGGACAAGAUCGCCCAGAGGUCGACCAGUACGAAGCAGCUGAGUCCCAUAGCCCUGCCUUCAGCAGCCGCGGGGGAGAAGGAGGCCGUGGUGCAGCAGCUGGCUCAGUUGCUGUCUCUGGAGGGAGAUUCCAUCAACGUCAAGAUCCAGUCGGACCCCUUCCUGCGCUCCAGCCUGGCCAGACUGUCCUACGCCUCGUUCUCCAAGCUGCUGGACACGUUCCACAGCGGGCUGCUGGUGCCGGGCGCCCCGGCCCCGCUGCCCACGGCCAGCCCCACGCUGCGCCGCAUGGCCGUCACCAUGGAGGUGUCCCGCAGGAUCGUCACGGCAACCGGAGCCCAGCGCAUGCAGGGCUACGCAGAGUGCUACAUGGAGAGCUUCGCCCCCUGGGUCAAGAGCCAGGGGGGAUGGGAGAACGCGCUGCACCUGGAGGAGCCUCUCGAGUACGACUGAGGCGGGGCCCAGCGGGGGGUCUCGGUUCCAACCAAUCGGCGGUCGGCCCUGAGCUCCGGAUGACAUCGUGGAGCCGACGGCGGAGCCUCACCUGGACCGUGAAGCCGCUUCGGCUCGUCUCACUCUGGGCCUCGAGCAGCAGAAGACACCUCCACCAGGGGGACCGUUCUACCACUUUAACAAGAAGAAGAAGAAGGAGAAGAAGAAGAAGAAGCUGCAGAUCAAUUGGUUCAAAGUCCUGAGGAUCGAUGUCCUUUCGGAGCGACUUCCCUCUGGGUCACUCGGGAGGAUUUAAGUCUUUUAAACUGUUAUUUUGAUGUAAAUCUGGAGGAUAAUUAAAGUCAUCUCAGUGAGAUGGUUCCACUUGUUGCAGUUACACGUUCCCUGAAUGCAGAUCCCUGUGGGACGACCUCUUCAGUGGCAGGCCGUGGUGCCCUCAGGUCCACCAGGAGGAGAACCCAGUCCUGAGCCUCCUCCCACCACCAUGUGUGUGUGUGUGUUGGUCUCAUCGUCGUUGACGGCCGUUGGCUGCACAGAUCAACAGCUGUUUCAUGUUCUCUUGUUUACAUCAUCACGGUUCAACCUGAUUAAAGUUACGCAAUGUGAGGUCAUGAGAA